AUGACAAUGAAAAAAGAAGCCCCAGAACUUGCAGAAAGAUCCUCCUCCAACCCUAACAAACCUCACCAUCUCAAACCUCACCGCCAUACCCUCUCUCCCUACUCUUUCUACUCCCCAAAACUCUCCUUCUAUAUCUUCUCAGCUUGUGUCACCCUCUUCGUCAUCCUCCACAUCAAAGCCCUCCAAACCGACCAAAAUCCCACGUCGUCAUCAUGGUCCCUCAAGCACCAAUGGCAACGAGUCACCAACACCACCACCACCACCACCGCGACAAUGGCCGAGAAGCUCCGCCAAGGGGUCACAUUUCUCCCGCUCAAAGACCUACGCUACGCGGGCCCGGCUGCCCUCCAGGGCCACACGUGGUUCAUGAGCUCCAUGUACGACAAGCAGGACGAGGAGGGCGGGGUCCAGUACCAGCAGUUCCCCUCGCCCUCCUCUCAUGGGCGGCUCCUCUGCGUCAAAGGCCGCGACAACCACGACGGCUCCUGGAACUCCUACGCCCUCGCCUUCCCAGAAGCUCUCCCCCACAACACGACGCUCAUGAAAGGCUUGACGUUCGUGUCGUACAACCACUACAACUACGACAACAUCUGGCACGGCCUGUCCGCUGUCUUGCCCUUCGUCUCGUGGUACAUAAAGAGUUCGUGUGCUGUCCCCGACCGGUGGGUUUUGUACCACUGGGGGGAGAUUAGGGCAAGGAUGGGAGUCUGGUUGGGGAGCUUGAUGGAGGCUACUUUCAGUGGGGCCCCGCGUGUCGAGGUGUUUGAUGACGUGGAGGAAGGGAGGGCCGUUUGUUUUGAGAAGGCUGUGGUGAUGAGGCAUAACGAGGGUGGGAUGUCGAGGGAGAAGAGGUUGGAGGUUUAUGAUCUGAUGAGGUGCAAAGCGAGAUUGUAUUGUAAUGUGAGCUUGGAUGAAAAAAAUUACAAGAGAAUUGGAGUCACAUUGUUUAUGAGGACAGGGCCUAGAUCGUUCAAAAACGACACCGCUGUGAUUGGGAUCUUUGAGAGGGAGUGUGCUAAGGUGGAUGGUUGUCGGCUCAUGGUGGCUUAUUCUAAUAACCUCACUUUUUGUGACCAGGUGAGGGUAAUGAGCUUGACGGACAUUUUGGUAUCUCCACAUGGUGCGCAGUUAACCAACAUGUUCUUCAUGAACAGAAACAGCAGUGUCAUGGAGUUCUUCCCAAAAGGUUGGCUAAAACUAGCCGGGAUAGGCCAAUAUGUCUACCACUGGAUCGCCAGCUGGUCAGGCAUGAGGCACAAAGGAGCAUGGCGCGAUCCAAAUGGCGACACGUGUCAGUAUGGUGAAGAUGAUCGUCGAUGCAUGUCCAUCUACAAGCAUGGGAAAAUUGGACACAAUGAGACCUACUUUGCAGAGUGGACUAGAAAUGUUAUUGAUGAGGUGAAGACAAGGAAGAUAGAAGAAGCGAAAAUGGCUACUCCAAGUUCUAAUGGUUGUUCCUGUAAUUAA